AUGUCAAAUUCUCCAACAGUAGCAACUUUGUCACAAGAAUAUUUCGAUCCGAAUAUUCCUCAAAUACUCCCACACGAGAAAAUGUAUAAGAUUCAGGUGGGGAAAUCAUUAUUCAAAAUCAGCGGUGCUUCUUUAAGCUCGGAUGGUCCUAGUUUCUUCACCGAAUAUUUUUCUAAGAAGCGCUCUCCUUCCAAUAACGAUGACAGUAAUAACGAUACCAUGGAAUCUAAUAAAAAUGAGGUUCUAUUCAUAGACAGAUCAGCCGAAGUUUUUGAAUGGAUCUAUCAACAUUUGCAAGGAUAUAUAAUUGAGAUUAAGGAUGAAGUACAAUAUACCAUGCUUUUCGCAGAUGCGAUGUACUACAAUUUACCGCGAUUGCGAUCUUUACUGAAAGAAACGGACUAUUAUUUUACCAACAUUGGUGGACAAUCAUUCAAGAUAGCGAAAAAUUUAUUUAGAAGAGAAGGAGAUUCCCCAAAUUAUUUCGAAAUAUAUGCGGCUACAGUUUAUAUCGAUGUGGAAGAGCUGAUAAUAUCUAAAAAACUAUUAAGGCCUCCAUCUCAUUCUGCUCCUUACAUUCCAAGAUCUUCUGAGUACUUCAAAGAUUUGCUGACGUUACUGGGAGGAGCAUCCAUCGAUCUAGAUGAUAAUAAAAGAAAUGCCUUGAUAAAAGAGUGCCGUUAUUACAGGCUUUUAAAUCUCGAACAGCGGCUAAUCAAAUCUCAUAUUAGCUAUAACCCAAUAACAAGGAAAGAAGAGAUUUGCCUCCUAUUGAAGGAUUUGUCAAAAAAAGGCAUCACUUUUCCAGCUUCUUCUGCAUUUUCAACCUCGCCCUACUUUGAAGACGAUUUCUGUAGCAUAAAUGAAUGCGACUCGCUAUCAAAAACCCGUGAACAGCCAGCAAAUAAAAAGAUUAAACUUGACAUGACUGAAAAAUAUAACGAUUCCUGGAAUAUGCUUUGUUAUAAGAGACCUUUUUUAGAUAAGCAUCCGAGAGAGUUGAUAUUUCAAAUAAAUUCGACUGAUUGUACGAUAAUCCUCAAUAAGGAAAGCCAAAGUAUCCAUGUAGACAUAACUGGAGAAUCCGCCUAUAAGUUUGAGGCCUUAUUUGGAAGUCAUUUGCCAAAUACACCCUCUGGUGCGCCUAAGUUGAAAAAUUACCAGUAUCGGUUCCCAUCCGAUAGUACGCAGACGAAAAUUGAAACUCAUUAUUUACUUCCAGCAUGCAUAUAUCUCUGUGAUUUGGACAUAAACGGCAUUAAGAUUUCUCAAGUUCAAACUUUGCUAACUGAUAAAAAUAAAUUCAAUGACAGGGUCAUUGACGUGUCUGAUCCACUUGACCUUAGAUUUUGUUCUGGUUUAAAGCUUUACUUAAGAAAGUCUCUCUGGAAACUGGCCGUGAAAGAUGGCAAUAUUAUGCUGAUAGCUAUUAAAGCUAUAGCAUUUAACGGAACUAAGGAAUACUACAAGGGAUAUGAAUAUCUGUAG